AUGAUAAUAUCUAUGAUAAUAGAAGCUGUUGUUCUACGGCUAAAUGGAGAAACUGCUCAAAAUUUAAGCAACCUUAAUCAAUAUCACCAGAAUCCUCCAAAAAAUUUUAGUUAUAUGAAUUAUACAUAUGCAAAUUAUCUUGCUCAAUAUAAUUCAAUUAUAGAUGGAAAUAUUUGGUUCAUGGUGUUUGAGGCUUUUCUCACAGCUUUGUGUGUUUCUUCGAAUACUAUAGAGAUAAUGUCCAUAGGAAUUAUAAAUAUUUGCUUACUAUUGUUUUCAUGUAUACAAGUCUUUCAAAGCUUCAAAUGGAUAAAACGUAUCAACUUUCAAAUUCAACUUGAUUCUGCUGAAAUUGCUAAUUUUCCUACUAGUCAAGGUCAAUUACAACAAUCUGUUGUAUAUGCUGAACUUGUUCAACUUGCUUUUUUGACUUUUUUCGCUGCUGCAUCAAUAUUCUUUGGUUAUAAAUUAUAUGGACAAUUUGGUUGGAAAAUCUAUAAGAAAAUUGUUUUUCAAAGCGUUUGUAUUGCUAUUGUUAUACCAACAUUAGGGAUAGGAUUGUGGGGUGUACGAUCAGAAAAUAAACCUGCAAUGUUUGUUUAUGCCACUCUUUCGAUUGCAACAGUAGUUAAUUUUCUUUACAUAUUGGCCACGUUUAUCAUCAAACGUGAUGAAAGUUUACUGACAUUCUUG